GGCUGUGGCUUGCGUCACUCGGCCGGCGCCCUCCCGGAAGCCUUCCCGCUUUCCACUUGCCCGGGGCGGUGGAGGCCUCGGUGGUUUGUCCUUCUCCGAGGCUCUAGUUGAGAUUGGCCCACCCUGAUGGAGGAGGCAGUGCGCGCGGUGGCUGCCCCGGACCCCAGCAGCUCCGGCUCCACGGUGAAGGAAGAGGGGGAGACUGCGACGGCCCCGGCGGCCCCUAUGGGGAUGUGAGAAGUCGCAGGGAAAGUUGCUGCACCAUGCUUGACACUUCUGCUGCAGACCAAUUAGGUGUCAAUAAAGAUAUGAGGUCAAUGGAAAGGGGAGGAGCAGAUGUGAAAGAGGUCACAGUAAUACCUGAAUUGAAGAUUGUGUCUCCUGGCCUCUAGUCUAGCAGUUUCUCUGUUCUGUGAUCAAUGUGACUCCCUUGAACACUUCAUUAGUUAACGAGAUGAGCCAGGAUCGUGGAAAAUAUGACUUUUAUAUUGGUCUGGGAUUGGCUAUGAGCUCCAGCAUAUUCAUUGGAGGAAGCUUCAUUUUAAAAAAGAAGGGUCUCUUAAGGCUAGCCAGAAAAGGCUCCAUGAGAGCAGGUCAAGGUGGCCAUGCAUAUCUUAAAGAGUGGUUAUGGUGGGCUGGACUUCUUUCAAUGGGAGCUGGUGAGGUGGCCAACUUUGCUGCUUAUGCAUUUGCACCAGCCACGUUAGUGACUCCAUUAGGAGCUCUUAGUGUUCUUGUGAGUGCCAUUCUUUCAUCAUACUUUCUAAAUGAAAGACUUAAUCUUCAUGGAAAAAUUGGAUGUUUAUUAAGUAUUUUAGGGUCUACUGUUAUGGUAAUUCAUGCUCCAAAAGAGGAGGAGAUAGAGACCUUAAAUGAGAUGUCCAAUAAGCUGGGUGAUCCAGGUUUUGUGGUCUUUGCAACAUUGAUUGUCAUUGUGUCCUUGAUAUUAAUUUUUGUGAUAGGACCUCGCCAUGGACAAACAAACAUACUUGUUUACAUAACAAUCUGCUCCGUAAUUGGAGCAUUUUCUGUCUCUUGUGUUAAAGGCCUCGGAAUUGCUAUUAAAGAACUUUUUGCAGGGAAGCCUGUGCUGAGGCACCCACUGUCCUGGAUUCUGCUGCUAAGCCUUAUACUCUGUGUAAGUACACAGAUCAAUUAUUUAAACAAGGCCCUGGAUAUAUUUAAUACAUCCAUAGUGACUCCAAUAUAUUAUGUAUUCUUCACUACAUCUGUUUUAACUUGUUCAGCUAUUCUUUUUAAAGAGUGGCAAAACAUGCCUGUUGAUGACAUCAUUGGCACUUUGAGUGGCUUCCUUACAAUCAUUGUGGGGAUCUUUUUAUUGCAUGCCUUUAAAGAUGUCAAUUUUAGUCUAGCAAGUCUGCCUGUGUCUUUUAGAAAAGAUGAAAAAGUAGUGAAUGGCAAUCUGUCCAACUUGUAUGAAGUCUUUAAUAAUGAAGGAAGCUUAGCCUGCGGAAGUGAGCAACAAACUGGUGAAAACAUCUCUAGAAGAAAUGGAAAUCUGAUGACUUUUUGAAAAUAGAUAUAAUUUUUAAAGACUUAAUCUGUAAUUGUGUGUGUGUGUGUGUUUUUUUUUGGUUUUUUUUUGCGUUUCUUUUUUGGCUGUAAAAUGAGCUUGUCUGAAAAUAGAACUUGUCAUUUUAAAUGCUGUCUAGAGACAAUCUUUUUUUAAAAUGGUUUCACUAAUUUGGACAAGAACAAUAAUGACUUUACUUUUCAUAUAUAUGAAGUAUAAGACAAUUCACUAAGGUGACCUAAAUAUGGUUGGUUUGGGUUUCUGUUAACACUGUAUAAUGGUAUGAUUUUAAAUUUCAAAUCUUUCAUCAAAAAAAGGAAACAACUUAUUGCACUGACAGUUUUAAUUAUAAAAGUAAAAUGCUUUAUUUCUUCAUUGAUGAUAAAGAUUGAAAUGAACACUUGUCAUUUACAAAGUGACAAUGCAUUAACAUUUCCUUAGUCUUCUUCCAGUAUGUGGAAGAACAAAAUAUUCCAAUAUAGUAUCCUGUGGAUUACACAGUUGUGACUUAUGUUGGAUGAGUCAUGAAUUAGUUUAUAAUUGACAUUAAUAGAUUAUGGGAAAUGAGAAAUAUAGUUACUUUAAUUUUGAAGUAUUUUGAAUGAAUCUUAAGUUCAGCAAAAUGGAUAAGAAAUAGAUUAAUUUUUUGGCUCAACUGUAAGGGUGAUUUUCUGAUAUAUAGUUUGCCUUGUCAAGUGAAUACGGUGUCCCUGUAAAAUAUUUAGGUAUUUAUGAAUGAUUCAGUUACUACUUUGAAAAUACUUAAUGUACAAAUUUGAGGAAUUUCUUUAAAAUGCAGUUUAACAAUUCUUUGCAAAAGUGUUUUCAUUCCCUUGUGCCUUGCUGACCUUAAAGCAUUAUAUGAAUGUGAGUUAUUACCAAUAAUUUUGCAUUUUGUAAUAUUAUUAAUGUUGUAUUGUAGUACCAGUUAUUUUACUCUGGAAGGACUUCUGAAAUCCCUUAACCUAUUGAAAUUUGUGUGGCAGUUUCAUUCUCAUAGUCAGUUAGAAACUUGAAUGUUGUCCAGGAUGUAAUGAGGAUGGGACUUCAGUUUCUAGAGGGUGGAGAAACUUAAAAUACAUUUGCAAAAUUUCCAUAUAGCAGUUCAUAUUAGCUCAUUUGAUAUUCAUAACAAUAGAGUGAGGCCAGUUAGUAUACCAUACGUGAGGAGAGAGUUACUGGUUAAGUGAGGAAGCCAAGAAUGUAUCCAGUCUUCUUUUCCCUAAGCCAUAAACUGUAUUUUUGAAAUACUUUUUGAGAAACAAAUUGAGAGAAGAAAUUACUUUUCCAAAAGCCAAAGGCUGGCAAAACUGAUUUAAUUACCAUCUUUGUCCUAAGAUUGUUUGUGUAAUUUAGAGACAAAUUCUCAGUCUAGUUUCCUGACAACCAAAUAUAUGAUCCUGGAAUUUAAUUCUCUAUUUUCUAAUGUAAAAUAUGUAAUUAUCAUCUGUAACAGGUUUUUUGAAACAAUAAUUUUGCUGGAUAAUCCUGAAAAUAGACAAAAGGGAAAAAAUUUGAGUUGAACCUUUUUUUUUCCAAAUUGAUAACUUUAGAGAAUAAGUUUUAGUAAAGUGAAUUAUUGCUUCUGUCAUGUAAAUUUUACAAGAUUUAGAUUUAUAAUUGUUUAAUCAAAUGUAUCUAGGAAUAAAUACUGCUAUCACUUGAA